AUGGCAGAAGAUCUAGCAAUAGCUACGAGCUCAUCCACCAACAAGCCUCCAUUCUUUGAUGGAACUGAAUAUCCGUACUGGAAGACCCACAUGCAACUAUUCAUUGAGUCCUCAAACUACAAACUGUGGGACAUCAUUGAAAAUGGAAACAUUGGUCACAAAGAUAAAGCUAGAGAACCUAUAAAGAAAGAUCAACUAACAGAAGCACAACGCAAAGACUAUCAACUCCACGCUAGAGCAAAGUUGUUCCUGUUAUGUGCUUUGAGCAAAUCUCAGCUGGACAAAGUUGAUGGUCUAGCUACAGCCAAAGAAGUCUGGGAAGCUCUAGGACUUGCGUAUGAAGGUACAGCAAAUGUCAUACAAGCCAAAGUGAGCUUACUUGUGGCUGAAUAUGAAACCUUCAAGAUGAAGGAAAAUGAAAGCAUUGAUGAUAUGUUUGGAAGAUUCCAAACCAUCGUUAACGGUCUUAGGAAUCUUAAUUGCAAAUAUGAAAAUGUUGAUCAAAUCACAAAGAUUCUAAGAUUCCUUCCCAGGAGAUGGAGACCCAAAGUCACCGCUAUUCAAGAAGCUAAAGAUCUCAGCACAUUGAGACUGGAAGAUCUCCUCGGAUCUCUAAAGGUUCAUGAAAUAGAACUGGCAAAUGACGAAGGACUGAAGAAGCAUAAGAACAUUGCGUUCAAAGAAAACAGUUCAAAAGCCAUUCAAACAAAGGAACAAUCUGAAGAAGAAGAAUCCUCAGAAGAACUGUCAGGGGAUGAACAAGCUCUCUUCAACAGGAAGUUCAAGAGAAUGUGGAUCAAACAACAAAAAGGAAAAGGAACAUCAAGGAAAGACAACAAACGAGAAUCAAGCAUGAAAAAGAAAUCUUUCACUCACAAAGGUGAAAGCGGCUCAAAUAUAGACAAGAGCAACAUUACAUGCUUCGAAUGUAAAAAGCCAUGUCACAUCAAGCCGGACUGUCCAAGACUAGCGAAAAAGUCAAUCAAGAAACCAUUUUACAAGAAAAAGAAAGCCUUAGCAGCCGGAUGGGAUGACUCUGAGGACAGUUCAGAAGAUGAUGAUGAAGAUGAAGAUGAAGAUGCACUCGUUGCUCUCAUGGCAUCUGCAGAAAGUUCAGACGAUGAAGAGGAUGAUGAGGUAAAACCUGGAAAUCUUAAAGAAGAAUUCAAUGAACUACUUGAACAUUCAUAUGCAUUAUCUGAAAAAUACAAAACCUUAAAGAAACAGUUUGCUAAGCUACAACUAGAGCAUGAAAAAGUGUUGACAUAA